AUGUGCAACGCGAGAACUUAUGAGGCAGCAUUGAGGAUCCUUCGCGCGAUACCGCCAAGAGCCCUAGCCUACGAUUUCUCAAAGGCGCAUAUUAAUCCAAACGAUGGAUGGUGUAGGCUCGCCACGAUUCAGUUACACGAUUCUCUAUGGGACACAUUUGGCAAAGUCCUAGACGGGGAGCGCUCCACUGAAUCGCUUGUCCGGCUUGCGACGAAAAUAUCGGAAAAUAGCUCUCGGCCGCUACGGGAGGAUUAUGUCGACCCAAAAGACUGGCUUCAAAGCUUCUCUGGGGCUAAUAUGAGGUGGGAGGGGCUGGGCAUAUUAUUCAGUCACUGGUCCUUUGGCAUCACUGAAUUUGGACAGAGCCCAGGGCCUCCUCAACGAUGGAUUCCGAACUUCGCCGACUAUGUCUUGAGAUAUCGAGAUUGUGCGUGGGACGCCAUAGAGAUUACGAGAAGCACAGCAAGUGCGAACACGCUACUACUUUACCUGUUAUAUGCACAAGAGUGCCUGGAAUCAAUCAUUUCGGGAGAUGAAAGUCUUCAACACUCCAGACUCCAUGGCGAAACCGUGAGCAUGUUAACGUACCUUGGGUUUCAUGCGAUAAAGGGCGACAUGCACGAUACGGGAAUUUGCACCCAGAUCAAGCGGCGCUUAUUUGGCAAAGUGUAUCACGGCGACAAGGUAGUGUCGACAUAUGCAGGCCGACCACCCAUGCUCUCCCAACGGUUUGUCUCUACGCUUCUGCCACUUGACGUAUCAGACGAGGUAUUGAUGGGGGUAAUACCUUGGCGCGACGACAUUGUGGACGAGCAGGGCUGGAAUACCCUGGGCAAAAUUUAUUCUAGCACGCUACUUCGUGCCCGAGCUCACAUGGGUUUCAUCAGAGACUCGAUAUUAGGUUAUAAUCUGCAGGCUGAGGGGAAUAUAGGCAGAAACGACCUCCUUGACCUCCGCAUGAAGCAAGAAAACAUCAUCGCGGAAUUCCCAAGAUUUAUAGCAUUCAAGCCUGAAGAUAUAGAAGAUCGAAGGUUAUCCGGCCCGACACUAUAUGCAAAGCUUCUCAUUGAGCUCGAGCAUUUGCAGAAUCUUUUUUUGAUCGAGCGCCUGCUCUGUCGAGUUGGCAAUACCUCCUUAAGCCCCGAACUUCUCCAGGUCAGUGUCAAGAUGGUAUCAACAACCCUUUUUUUCUGGACGCACAAGGACAAGGUGAUUGGUCUUUAUGACUUUGAGUGGAUUGUCAUGGGAUAUGCUGCGCCUGCAGCUGGCAUCCUCUGCUUAGAUUUAUUGCGACCGUGCACCGAUAAUGCAGUGCUGGCUUCUUCCACCUCUCGAUCCGAGGUGAUCCAGAUGUUAUGUCUUCUUAGCGGAUUUCUCGAUUGGAUAAAGCCUUUGACACCGAAUAGGGAAUUGAGUUCUUGCGUGCGGAGGGUUAUUCAGCGCGUACUGGACGAGACGCUAAAUUUUUCGUCCAACUCGCUGGAACCUGCAGUGGACACCAUGGAUUGGGGAGCAGAGAUGGAAAUUAACAUGAAUGGUUUUGGGUAUGACUUGUUGGGAACUUUCGACUGGAUGUUACCUGAGGUAGUCCAAAGCGGCAAGUGA